AUGAGUACUGUGGCCACGGACACAUUCCUGCUGGCCACGCAGCAGGAAGUCACGCUGACGGCUGAGCUGGCGGCCGCGCGCGCGGCAGCCGAGGCCGAGGCGGCCGGCCACGGCGGCGGUGCGGAGGGAACGCCCCUGCCGGCGGGCACCCAGGGCCUGAUCAGGCGCCGCCUGUUCUGCCACCGCUCCCCGACUGACAAUCUGCUCGUCGCCAUGGGCCGCUGGAUGGAUAAUGCCAUCCCCCUGGUGCCCAACCGCUACCAGGCUGCCCUCGCUGCCGGCCCUGCAGGCAUCGAGGGGCCUCCGGCGGUGCGAUCCGCGCCGCGCGAAGUGGUACUUGACCGCUACACAAGCCACACUGCGAUCUGCCCAGACAGCAUGCGGGCCUACCGGGCCUUCUCGGCCGCGCGCGCCGCCUUCGGAGCGGCCGCCGCGCUCGGAGCCGCCGUGCUCGCCGCGUACACCGGCUGCGCGGCUGCGGGCGGCGGCGCGGAUGCCGGCACUUUGAUCAGGGGCGGGGCGGCAGUGAUCGGCAGCGGGGCAGUGGCGCUGGUAGCGCAUGCACUGGCGCAGCAAUUCGUGUACAUCUACACCCAGGAGAAGCAGACCAAGGACCUCAAGCGCAUCACCAACUUUGUGCCAGAUCAGUGA